AUGCAAACGCUUGGUCUUUCAAAGCACAUUGUAGCGGCUUUGCGCACGUAUAAGAUAAUUUCUCCUUUUGAGAUUCAAGAACGUGUGAUUCCUAAAAUCUUGAAAGGCGCAAAUAUCAUAGCGUACGCACCUACCGGUUCUGGUAAAACUCUAGCAUUUUUACUGCCAAUAAUUGAGCUAUACUGCAGAGAUCCUAGCCCUUAUUUUGCACUAGUAAUAGUGCCGGCCCGAGAACUGGCUACUCAGAUUUACAAAUUUAUUCACGACUUUGGCAGUAGCUCUGGUAUCAAAAGCGUUGAAAUUAUAGGUGGUCAAAAUUAUGUAACACAGAAAUCUGCCUUUAUUAACUAUCCUAACAUAAUUGUCGCUACACCUGGACGACUGAGUCUUUUGCUCAAAGAGCAUUCAAUCACUCGGCAUUUUUUCAUGCUACAAUUUUUUGUUCUCGACGAAUUUGAUUCUUUUAGUGAAUUCUAUCGUUCCACAAUAUCACUUAAUAAAUUUUUUACUUAA